AUGAAUACAUCAAGGUAUUUAAGGGUGUUAAGUGUAAUAGACGAGGUUCUGGGCCUGCUAGUAGUAAUUUUCAUCGCGUUCUCGGCAGUGAGGCAAUGCAUAAGGCUCCCACUGUCGCCGCUGUUUUCUAUCGCAAUUGUAUCAUCACUCACACUAGUUUCGUUCUUCCUGCUGAAUUUUAACAAAAUAAUAUUCUUUGUAAACAAAUAUGUCACACUUUCAUAUAAAUCGAAAGGACAAUUGUACAAUAAUAGUCAAAUUAACAAAAGACGAAGAACAUCAGGAAACUUGAAAAAAAAUCUGGAAAAGGAUGCCAAAACUUCGGCAAUAGGAUCUGAAAAAAAUCUGUUUUUCAAAGUGCUGAGAAGACAUAAAAUAUGGUUUAGCCUACACCUGGUCAGGAAGGUGCUUCUGAGUAAGAUAUGGGUAGUCUCAAGCUUGCUGUUGACGCUGACCUGGUUCGCAGUGUGGGAGUGGGCGGCGCUGUACAUGACGCGAGACGACGGAGAUUACAACCUGCUGCACUGGAACAUGGAAAGAGUGCCGUACCAGUACUGGUACCUGGAGUCGGCGUUCCAAAUAAUAUUCGCAGUGACGUACAUACUUAACCUGUACGAAGCAGGGUCGAGAAUCAAGUACAUAUUCUCGUUCUUUGGAAUGAUUGAGCUCACAAUGACGCCAGUGAUAACGGAAAUCAUCUCGAUAGUGACUUACUAUAACCCGCAGUUGGUUUCGGAUCGCAACGAGUCACUGCACAACUUUGGACUCCUAUUCGUUAGUUUAACCAUAGUUGAGUAUAAUGAAAUAAAUGUAGUUCGGCUCUUUGAGAUUUCUCAGGCUGUUUCAAACAGAGUAUCUCAUAAGCAAGAGCUUUACGUGGGUGUCGGAGUUUUACACAGUGUUCAUCGGAAUAACGGCGUCGAUAUUGGCACUCGUUUUCUCGCUGAAAAAAGUACGCGCAGGUUCUCGGGACUGUUGUUUUUACUGGAGGCGCCGAGGCACGAUAUAAAGUUUGCAACGCCGUUCGACUUCAUAUUUUUCGGAGUGGCGACGAUGGCAACAGUGGGUUACGGUGAUUUCAGUCCAAUUACGGUUUUCGGACGCAUACUCUGUAUAUUAUUUAUAGUACUGUGCGUGACAAUAGGAGCCACGCAGUUUAAAAGGCUUAAGUUGUCAGUAUCGGAUAAAACUCACAAGAUGGGAAGAGGCAAGUUUAGUGAGGGCUACAUCUUCUUUUGGGGCUCGCUGUCGGACUGGCAACUGCUGAGCUUUUGCAAGUGUAUUCACAACACAUACGAAAGUUCAAUUUCGAACGUGGUAGUGGCCACGCCUCUGCCCCUGAAGUACUACGAGACGGUCCACAUGGCGGUGACGCAGAACACAGGAAUAAAACUGAUAAUCUUCGGGGGUUCCUCAACACUGUACGACCCCUCAUACAUAGCCAAACUUCUGUUCAACUCGAAUUACACAGUUCUCGUUAAUGAUAUGGACUUUAACCUGCUUCCAAAUUUCAACGAAUAUAUAAUAAACGAUGACAGAAGAACGAUACUGAUGGCACUGGCGUCGAUAAAUGUGUCAAGGCAACUAAGGAUACCAAUAGCGAUUCAGCUUCACGGCUCAGAGUAUAAGUCGCUGCUUAAGAACGCGGACAUGGAUAACGUGUUUUACAACAGAGAGUUGAAGUAUAAGAUGUUUUCUAGGAGUGUAGCAUGUAGAGGACUGUUUUACCUUAUCUCAUCACUGUUCCACACACCGACCAACAUAAAUAGGACGAAGAUACACGUGGAAGAGAUGUGUAACCUGUUCUUGUUAUCAGAAGGGGCACAGGAUUUUUACGAAAACUCGAAACCGAGCGUUUCGAACACGCAGCACGUGGAGGUGUCAGUGUUCAACGUGCAGAAUCAAAUGAAUGAGCUCUUCAGAGGGAUGAGAUUCCAGAUAUUUAAGCUGCAAUUCCCGAAGUCAGCGCACGGAGUGUCAUUCCAGGAGUUUGCAAACUACCUCUACAGCCAAAAGAACAUGUUCCUGAUAGGAAUCGUCUCCUCUAAAAACGUGUGCAUACUGAACCCAGUGCGAUAUAAAAUCGGAGACGAGGUGGACGACAAUUUCUGCGGACUGGUGAUGGCGGAGUCCCUCAACGACGUGAUCAGAGUGUCGCUAUCGAAGUUUAACCCAGAAGAGUACAAGUCAGAUGAAAUAAGGGCCAUGUCGUCUUUGAAAAAGGCAAGAUCAAUAUCACUGCUGCCGUCGAUAAACGAAGCCGUGCAGCCAGAUAAAGCGCCAAAGUACAGGGGAAUAUACAAGGUGCAGAAUUACACAUUCGCAGCGCAGAACAUACUGGACGACGAGAACCUGGUGCUGGUGUGCGGAUGGCCCUACGACAUGAAGACGUUCAUAAGUAACCUGCUAGAUGAUAAAAACUACAACAUCGUUAUCCUGGCGCCGAUGGAGUCAGUGGAGGAGGAGGACCCGCAGAGCCUGGAGGAGUACUCAAACAGAGUGGUCUACAUCGACUCGACGCCGAUGGAAGUGCACUCGCUGGUAAACGCAGGGAUACUGGACGCGGAGUGCUUGAUAAUCUUCAACUUCCACCACACGGUCGACAGGGGGAGGAGAGAGAACCUGUCGAGGGACUACCAAGUGCUCUUCAUACACAGACUGGCACUGGAGGCGACGAAAAACGGCGGGAGGACCGGGAGGAAGCUCAACACCAUCCUGGACGUGUCGCACGCCUCGUGCCUGGAGUACAUGGACCCGUCGCUGAUCGUGAACGUCGACGUGACGUCGAAGAACUACGCGCAGAACAAGUGCUGGGAAAACUACGGAGAGUUCAUGUCCUCGUACGAAAUAGCCUCAGGGUCGAUAUUCGUGCAAGACAUGUUCUACGCAAUACUGGCACACUCGAACACGAAGUCGCAGUACUCAGUGACGCACGAGUCGAUAGAGUCGCUAAUAAAGCCGGAGAAAAUCAGGUUGGGGAGCUACACACUGGAGGGCGGAGAGAUAAUCUUGGAGAGGGCAGCGAUGUCGUUCUACGGAAAAAACUUCGAGGACCUGUUCAAGUACUACUUCAACGUGGAGAAGAAGAUAUGCAUAGGAAUUCUCAGAACGUACGUAAUGCCCUUCGUAACGGAGGAAUCGAAGGAGUUCGUAAUCGUGGCGCCGCAGCCCUGCCUGAUGAUACAGCCGGACGACCAAAUAUACAUGAUCACGAAGUCGCGAACGGUGUAG